UCUUCUAUCUUACGUAUCACAAUUAUAGGUCUCCAUGUACGGGUAACGUCAUACCAUAUUUUCCAGUCGGAGGAAUACGAGGUUUGUAGUACAAGAUGCCUGCCACAAGGAACCACUCACCGCAAGUCACUGGGAGGGUGACUCGAAAUGCUUCUCCACGACAAUCGGACCAAAGUCGUCCAGAUUCUAGAACCAGGCAGGCUUCACCAAGAGGAACUGAGAAAAAAGAAACAAAGAAUGUAUCUCUACGAAUUCAAGGGAAAGAUAAAACCACAGAGAUCCAGUCAAAAUCAUCAGUGAAGAAAAAAGACAAAUCUGAACAAAAUGGUAAUGUCAAAUUGACAAAUGAAAAAUCUGAGUUUAAAUCAAAUGAUGCCAGUAAAAUUCAGUCGAAAAGUGACAAUAGGGCAAAUACAAAAGUUCUGAAGAAUGACUCGAUUUCAAAUACUGGCAGAACAUCACGAAAUCGUGGUUCACUAGAGGGUAAUAUAAUGGUCAGACAUGAGAGGGAAGAAAAAGAAGACCAGGCAACAGAUGACAGAACUAAAAGGCGGUCAACAAGAAAGUCUGUAGAAGAACUUGAAUUGCCGGUAGCAGCUGCAAACUCAAAAGUGAUUGAACGUCCAGCAAGCAGACGGUCGAUCAAAGAAGCAAAAGAUGCAGAUAUCUUGAAUCAAGUUUUGUCUGCAAAGGAAAAAGUAAACAGUGCAGCAAAUAAGGAAGCUGUGUUAGAAAGACUGGACAAGGGAUCGAAAGUAAGAGAAAGUGAGUUGGAAAACCAGCAGUGUGAUGAUGUGUCUAAUCAGAGUACAAAAAGCAAGACAACAGCUAAGGUCAAUAAUACUCAACACAAAAUAGCAUCAGGGAAGAACAGGGUUCCUGAGGAACAGACGUCAGAAGCAAUGGAAACUUCAACAAAAUCAAAGAUAUCAGUAUCAAAUGAAAGUGACGAAGAAAAUAUUGGCAAGAGGAGAGGACAAAAGAGACCUAAUGCUGAUAACAUUCCUGACAGAGAGGAAACAAAGAGAAAAAAGGUCAGUGAGGAUAAAGAUAUAGAUGGUGAAGGAAAGAAAGGGUCAGGGAAGACUACAGUUACACUGUCUGGUGAUGAUACAUUUUCACCCAGGAGAAGUGGCAGAGGGUUGGUUCCCAACCGACGUUUUAAAGACAUGGAGAUGAACUUCAGUCCUGCAAGCAAACGGCGUCAAAGUGCUGAUGCAGAUGCUGACAAAUCAAAAUCAAGAUCAUCAGCAAAGAAGAAAGCCAAGGACAAAGACAUCAAACUUGCACCUGUAGUUUUAUCAAAAUCUGGAAUGGACAUUCACACUGACCAGUCGGAGAGGAAAGAUGAUCACAUUAGGGCUGAAGUGGACAAGACUGACCACCAGGAUGUGGUGAUGGAGACGGUGGACACUAACUGGAUUGAGGAAGAAGUUGUACCUGUUAACAGAGAAAUUGUUAUACAGCCCAUUGAGGAGGAUACAAGGACUGUCACUGUGAUAGUUGAACAAGACCCUACAGAGCAUGCUCUCUCCAAGGAGCAAAACACUACCCUUGACAGAUCAGAAGCAUUUGUGAGUGAGGAAAAUUUAGAAAACAUUGCCCAGCAAACUAUGACUCUGCUGAUAAGAGAAAAUGAGUUAGGCAGCUCUGGAGAAAAUUUUAUGGUAACCACUUUAUCUGAAGACAUGAAUGAAUCGCAGACUCCUUCCUCUGGUGAAACACAUGGAGUACAAGUUGAUUCAGGUAUUGAGGAAAUGGUCAUAGAGGCUACAGUAGAAGAGACAAGUUUAGCUGCUGGUGUGGAGAAGGCUGCAUUGGAGGCUACUGUGACGGAGACUACCAUGGAGACUGGUGUGACAGACACUGCCAUGGAGACUGGUGUGACGGACACUGCCAUAGAAGAUGGAGUUACAGGGACUACCAUUGAGGCUACCGGGACAGAGGCUGCCAUUGAGGCUAGUGUGAUGGCGACUGCCAUGGUGACUACAAUGACAGAGACUGCCACUGAGAUUUCUCAGGAGGCUACUGCAGACGUUACCACGGAAACUCCAAACAAGGAAUUUGUAGCAACUGUUAGCAAAGAGACAGAUGCUCAUCUUGUAACUGGCAAAGAAGUACUGGUGCAAAGGAAAGAAAAUGAGGAUAUGUCUAUGACUAAUAAUGAUAAAGCAACUGAAAUAGAACAACCUGACCAAACUGUCAAGAACCUAGAAGGUUACAAACUGAUACGAUUGCAAGACAUGGUUCAGGAAUUGGGUACAAAUGCUAAGGCAUCUGAACUUUCAGCAACUGCUGUCACUAACUUAGAUAAAGACGUUGAUGAGGAUAUAAUUCGGAAAAUUUUAUUAUCCAAUAAGACUUUCAAAGAUACAGAUGAAAUAGAAAUUCAAUUCAUUGGAGGUGAUUCUCAGGAGGAAGUUAAUGAGACAAACAUAUUGUCAGAGAAAAUAAUUUCAAUGAGAAACUUAACCAAGAGUAGUAACGUAUCAACAAUUUCUACGCAGACACCAAUUAUUUCAAGUCGAGUUGCUAAUCUUCCUGGAAAAGAGAAAAAAGCAGCGCAAGCAUCGCCAUCCAAAAUCAAGACAAUUCGGGUCAAUAUACAGCGCCCUGAUGGGGUAGAGGAGACCAAAGAACUGGACACAGAGGAAGGAAAACCACAGGAGUUCGUGAUUGUCCACCUCCCUGAAGGCACUAAGGUUACAAGGCCACAGGUCAAGGAUGACAAGAAUGAGGAGACUGUGCCUUUUGACCAAACAGACGAUGGUACAUUUAUCUGUGGCAUAUGUGAUUAUACCACACCAAAGAAGGCUAACUGGUACAAACACAAGAAAAAACACAUGGCUCAAAAGCCUCACUCCUGUAAUAAGUGUGGGUACCAAGCAGCUACCAGCAGUAACCUCAAGCGACAUCUGGCCAUACAUGACGACAUUCGUGAUUUCCAGUGUGACUUCUGUUUCAUGACGUUCAGACAGAAAAUACAUCUAGAGAGGCAUGUCAAAUACAGACAUGAGGUAAAGAAAGUUAAGUGCCCCCUGUGUGACUAUGUAUGUGCCAAUGAAAAUCCUGAUCUAAAGGUCCACAUCAAGAGGAGGCAUCUUCCACAGGAUUCUCAGGAAGGCAGUGUCCGUGCCUUCUCUUGUGAGGAGUGUGGUGCAAUGGCUGUCAACAGAAAGGAUCUAAAACAGCACAUGAAGUUUCACAGGAAGGGCCCAGAGCUGAAGCUGUACUGUGAACACUGUAGUUUUGUGACAGACUGUGAAAGUCGUUUGAGGCGACAUAUGUUUAUACAUACUAAUGAAAAACCAUUCCAAUGUGGUUUGUGUGAUUACCGAGGCACACAAAAAGAACAUGUCCUUCGCCACAUGAAGUCACAGCACCAUAUUGACAUACAGAAGAAGGGUCGCAGCUCCGAUGAGGCUUCGGUGGAUGGUUCGACAGAUUCCAGAGAUCUUCUCCUUGACAAGAAACCAUACAAGACAGACUACAGCAGCCAGGAAAAGAUAUUUGCAUGUAACCAUUGUACAAUGAAAUUUGCAAAACUUUUAAAUCUGUAUAAGCAUUUACAUGCACAGCACAAGGCGAUACUGCCUGAACAGGGAGAAGAUGAAUAUUUGUGUGUAGUAUGUGACUACAGAACAGGAAGUAAAAAGAACUUGUUAGUCCACAUGCGCAAACACAAUGUGCAGGAUCAAACUCCACCGUCACAUGUUUACUCCUGUGUAUUGUGCAGGUAUAUGAAUCCAAAGCGCAGAAAUCUUUUCCAACACAUGAAAAAGAAACAUAAUAUAGAGAUUGUAAUGAGAGAUGAUGGUUCGACAAGUUGUUUCCUCACUGACAGCAAUUCCACUGUUUCGGGUAAAGAUGAUAGUGUCCAAAACAUUCUGACUGUUGGCGAUAUUGUCACCACCACAACUGACGACUCACAGUUACAGAUUGUGAUGGAUGCGUGUGAAAAGAGUGCUGUUCAGGUGCAAAAUGUGAUAAAUAUAGAGGAUAUAGCAAAUUGUGUGUCCAACCCCCAAUCUAACGGGAACAAUAUAAUCAUCUUAGAACAGGGUCAAUCUAAUACAUUCGUACAACAUGAAGCUGCUGAGGCCAUUGAAGGACUCCAAGCUCUUGCAGAACAACCCGGCAUCAUGGAAAGCCAGGAAGUCAUUGCAGACCCUGACUCUCAGGCAUUAAAUGUGGAAGAGGUGCAGACCUCUAAAGGUCUCGGUGAAAACAUCAUGGAAACAGAAAUUGUUACCAUGGAAACAGAAAUAUUAAAGUCAUUUCAGCAAGAAAAUGUUCCAGAAACGAAAAAAGAAAAAGAAUCAGACAUACAGUUAUCAGAGGAUCAGCUUAUGAACUUGUCCUCUGGUGAUUAUGUUGAGAUUAAUGGGGAGAUGUAUAAGGUUGAAAUAUCAGCGGAGGAGGCAAAUAAUGGAGAGUUAGAUAAUAGGGUAACAGAAGGGGAGGAAUUCACCCCAACUCUUGUUGAGGAAUCACAAGAGCAGCACGUGGCAGUGUCAGACGAAAAUGCAUUCCAGGAGUUUGUUCAGCUGAUGACAGAGUGUACAGAUGACAGCCAUACCACCUCCAUAGCCAGUCAUACUACAGGUACUAGUGAAGCAUUGACAGAUAGUCAGACAGAGAGCACAGCUUUACAGAGUGUUUCAUCCGAUUCCAAUGCUAACAGCUCAGAGCAGGACAGUUUAACAGUUCUGGCUGAAAUAACCAACGCAGCUUCAGAGGUUGAAACCGAGUUUAUUACAAUACAAGGCAGUGCUGUAAUGGACCACACUGAGCCCUCUAAUGUGAUGACAGUGGUCAACAGCACUAGUGUGGAUGAAGGGUCAGCAAGUGUAACAGAGAAUCAAUGAACUGGUGAUGACAUUGUUUAAAUAGAUUGAACAGUGGAACUCAAAUGGAAUACCAGUAAAUUUAUGUAUCAUUUAAAAAGCAAAAACUAUUUGUAGAAUAAAUGAUUUCAUGAAUUGGUUAAAUAAUUUUUUGUUCAAAAUUGUCCUUUUAUUGGAUGUAAAUAAUGGGUGGCAUGUUUUUUCCUGUUGAUUACAUAGUGCAGAUGCAGGUUUUUAAAUUUUUUUUUUCACUGAGUUUGGAUGGAAAUUUUGAAAGAAAAUUGAUGAAUUGGGAAGGAAUUUUCUUUAGUAAAUUGGAAAUUUUGGGAAUUUGGCUUCAUGAAAAGAUUUUAUUUGGGAAUGGGACCCAUUAUUGGCCCCCAAAACCCUUGAAAAAAGCUUUGGGUGAAAUUUCUUUGAAAAUAAUAUAUUUAUCCGGCAAUAAAUCCAUAUCUACAAAUAAGACCACCCAUAUUUUUUAGUGUUUGACAGGAUUGAUAUAAAUAUUAUUUCAUGAAGCUCAUUCCCUAAGUUAUAUAUUCAUACCCUAAGGUUACUGCACUGUAAAAGGGGUGUAUGAUAUUGUAUAUUUAUAGAUAUAACCGUCAUUUGAAAUGUUUAUUCCGCCAUUCAGGUUUGUGCAGUUUUGGAUUUCAGGAAGUUUCAUGGCAGCACCUAUGCAGAAGAACGUUGAAAAAAAAAAAAAGAAAAAAAAUAUACAUAUAUAUAUAUAUUUUAAAUACUGAUAGCUGUUUACCGUAGAUAUAUGAAAGACAAUUCCUAAUGUUAGAACUAAUUUUGAAUUGAAGUAAAGGCGCAUGUGUUGACAUUAUAAAUGGCAAUUAAAUGGCCUGAUGUUUUCUAGUCACAGGACAUAUUCUGUACAGUGAAAUAAUUGAUCAGGAUACCUGUUCUUUAAAAAAGAUAUUAUAUAUACAGAUAUCAGACGAUUCUUUCUUUCUGCCCUCAGGAUGCUAACCGUUCAAUUUAAUUGCAAUUUGUGUUUUCAAUUUGAAAGUGAAUUUCGGGUGUAAUUUACAUUAUCAGUGUUAACAUGAAAAGAAAUCAAAAUUGAUAAUGUUUAUGUAAUUAAAAGUUUUAAAACACAUUUGUGAAUGAUUAUGAUUAUUUCAUGUUAAAGCAGGAAUGUGAUGAAGGAUUUUAAAAAAUCACCAAAAAUGUUAGGAAAUGUAUCUGUCGUCAUUGAGAACACGUAACUGCAACAUCUGUUUCAACACAUCCUCACUUCUUUCAUUUUCAAACCGUUUCAAGAUUUAACCAGAGUUAUUUUUUUGUUUUCAGUUUGAUUGAUAUGUUCCACAUUUCUUGUUUUUAAUGAUACCAAACACCUAGAGCUACUCUUGAUUUAAAACAUGGUAAAUUGGGGUCACUUGUAACCAACACUGCAAGAGGUCACAGACUUUACAGGUUUUCUUUUUUUUUCUUUGAAUAGGUAAAAAAAAAUAUUUUGUAUAAGAAAUCAAGCUGGCCACACAUCUUCUCUCAUCUAUUAAUAUUUUCUCUGGAGAAGAUCCAGAUCUGGCAGAUGCAGAAUGAUUUUAUGUUUCUGUGAAAUCAUUAAUUUUUGUGAGGUUAUUAUUUUCAUUCAUUUGUCGGUACUCUUUAAUCAACAAAUUCGUAAUGUCCAAAGAACUGUUGAAAUUAAUAUAAGCAGAUUUACUGUGCUAUAUUUAACCAUGAAAUCAAGUGUCUUCAGAAUAUUGAUUUUUUUGUAAAAGAAUGAAGAUAGAGACCCACAGAAAUAUCUGAGAUUACUAAAGGUUAUUUUGGGGAUUUGAAGAAUGGAAUAUGCUCUUUAUAAUCUCUCUUUCAUUGUGUAUCAUUACACUGCUCAAGUUUGUUCUUAAUAUAUUACAUUAAGAAAUAACAUCUGGAAUUACAGAAAAUCACUUCACGAGAUUUUGUCUUUUGAUUCAUUGACUUCAUAAAUAUUGUUAGUUUGUCAACUUUGUCUGCAUUUAAAGAGAAAUUAAGUUCAAUAUAAAGAGUGUGUAAUGCUAUCAUGACUUAUAUCUAACCUAGUCCUGCUAUGAGAUUUAUUUUUUUUGUAUGUUCUUCUUUCAAGUGUUUUCCUAAGGAAUUUGCGUGUUUUUUUAAAAAAAUGAAACCGUUAUUUAUACAUUAACUCAUUGUUGAAAGUCAAUAAAAUUUAAAUGAA